AUGGUAAUGCUGUGCUUGGCCUGCGCCAGUGACAAGGUGGUCACUCAGCACCCGCUCUUCCCUGGCAGCCUGUGUCUCAGCUGCAAGGUAAAUUACGUCCUCUCCGUGUACCUGUUUGAUGAUGGAUAUCACUCGUACUGCGCCAUCUGUGGCCGAGGGGUGGAGAUCCUGCUGUGUGAGAGCGCCAACUGCUGGAGGGUGUUCUGCACGUGCUGCAUGGACCGGCUCCUGGGCCUCGGGACGGCACGCAGGGCCAAGGCCUUGCAUCUGUGGCAGUGCUACCUGUGCCGGCCGCUAGAGGACGGCAGUCCGCUGAGCCUCCGCCACGAUUGGGCCCUUCGCCUCCGAGACCUCAUCGCCGACGAAGGGGCCGUCGGAGAGGAAUCUCGCCCACUCCUCCCACCGCUGGUACCGGCGAAGAAGGCGGCGGUCAGAGUGGUGACGCUCUUCGAUGAUAACAGCGCAGCCUGCAACGCUCUGAGAGACUUCGAUGGCUUGAUCGCCCGCCAUGUCCAGUGCCGCCUGAGCAACAACCGCAUGAAGGCGAUGCCCACAAUAGACCGCGGCCAAGUUAUUCACACGGAUGUGAGCACCAUCACCGGGAAGCACGUCCAACAGUGGGGACCAUUCACGCUGUUGCUUGGAGGACACUGCCUUCUUGAAGACGGCACUGGCGAGACAUUGAAUCGUUUCUUCUACGAGUUCUUCCACCUGGUGCGGAUGACUCGGCCGGGGGAGCACGAGGCGCGUGCCAGGCCCUUCUUCUGGCUGCUCACGGUCCUGGAGGCGGAAUGCUUCUGUGGCCCCAUGAAUAACCAAGAGAUCUCACGCUUCCUGGCAAUGCCACCCGUGGAGAUUUUCUCCUCGCACAGGCAGGUGACCUGCUACAUGUGGGGAAACUUGCCCUGCCUGGACAGGAUUUGUAACUUCUACGGAGACCUGGAGCUGGAGCCACAAGAAUCCUGGCAGGAGGAUCUGAAAAACAGCUGGCACCUGGCAUACGAACCCUUGCGCCGGGCGCUUGCCCCUUUACGUGAUUAUUUUCGCUUUGAGUAGCCGGCAUUUGCGUGAAGCGGCGAGCGGACAUUCUGCAGCCAGGACAAAAGAAUGCUUGCGCAUCGGUGCGCCAAGAAAUUAAAAUUACAUUGUGGUCUCAGUUGGAUAUAUCCUCGUCUGUUUACAUCGUUACCAUGUUUCUGUUGAAUAUUGCACGUUUUUGUAUCUGAAUGUUUGUUAUUUUUACCAUGAUCAGUAUGAAAAGAAUCUGCCCCAAGCCGCCUUGUGUUGCAGGGAAUUUUACAUCUACCUUUGAUUUUACAUUGAUAUGUUUGUGCAAUGUUUUUGAUUGCUCGUGGUACAGUUUUUAGUUAAAUUUCUAUUUGCUUCAACUGUAUUUUGUAUGGUAUUGGUGACCCAGGUCACCCUUGCAAAUGAAAUGAUCCUGGCAUCUGGAGUUCUCACCUUGUUAAACAAUAAACU